AUGUGCAAGCUUCUUGAAAAAGAGGCAAAGUUUGUGUUUGAUGACAAGUGCCGAAAGACGUUUGAUGAAUUAAAAGGGCGCCUCACUACUGCUCCUGUUAUUAUUACUCCUGAUUGGUCCUUGCCUUUUGAGUUGAUAUGUCAUGCUAGUGGUUUCGCAAUAGAUGCUGUGCUUGGCCAGAAGUUUUCGGUCCUAUUUGUUGGGGUCCAAGGUUGUGGUGUGCCCCACCAUCAAGCGUUGAGGUAUUUGAUGGCAAAGAAUGGAAUGCUAGGCGUGACUGAUUCGUUGGGUCCUUUUGUUAUAAGAGAGUUUGAUUUCAAGUGCCAAAGGCAGGGGAAUAUUGGUAGGAGGCAAGAGAUGCCUAUGGACUUUGUAAUGGAGGUUGAAGUGUUCGAUGUUUUGGGAAUUGAUUUUAAGGGUCCCUUUAACAUAUUUACUCGUUUUGGUACCCCAAGGGCGAUAAUCAGUGAUAGUGGUUCUCACUUGUGCAAUAAGGCCUUUGCGAGAUUGAUGGAGAAGUCUGGAGUCAAGCAUAGGGUGGCAACCCCGUAUCAUGCUCAGACAAGCGGGCAAGUUGAAGUCUCUAAUCGGGAGAUAAAUAGUAUUUUAGCAAAGACAGUGAAUGCCAACAGAACUGAUUGGGCCCGCAAGCUCGAUGAUGCUCUAUGGGCCUACCGGACUGCCUUCAAGACUCCGAUUGGGACUUCUCCUUUCAAGCUAGUUUUUGGCAAAGCAUGUCACACCUCGCCGCCUGAACUUGAACAUAAAGCCAUGUGGGCCUUGAAGAAAUUGAAUAUGAAUUGGGAAAGCAACCAAGCUCGAGUUGUUUCAACUCAAUGA